AUGUCUAUAUCACUAUUAGGUUUGAUUCUUUCCACAGUCAUCCUGAUGUUUAGCGCCUUCAAACGCCUGAAAAGGACAUAUAGAGCACCAACAGCUAGAAUGCCAAACCCCAUUGCUAAAAGGGAGAGUAACAUACUUUCGAGUCUUGAAGCUCAUAAAUAUCCCGCCAAAAAGCAUGCGCUGAAAGUUAAGAGCUUCUUUCUUGAAAAGAAGACCGACUGCGACUCAAGCAAGGCCGCUAUUUUCAUCGCAGGCGAGCAAUUGGAGGCUAUAAAAUACUGUGACCAAACAAAGCCUUUCAGGCAGAACAGAUACUUCUAUUAUCUCACAGGUACCAACAUUCCUGGGUGCUCAGUGAUUUUCGAUCUUGCGACGGACAGUCUGACUCUUUUCCUCCCGGACGUCGACGCUGAUGAUGUGAUGUGGAGCGGGUUGCCAAUGAGCGUCGAAGCCGCGCACAACAAAUACGACGUAGACAAGGUGCUCUAUGCCAAGGACCUGGAGUCAGAACUUGAGAAAUUGGCACCGCGCAAAGUUUACACAACAGACUUGGAUAGGUUCCCUGCCUCUCCAAUGGGCGACCAGCUAAUUUCUGGCGAUCCCCAUCUUUUUUACGCUCUAGAUGAAGCUAGACUAACGAAGGAUUGGUACGAAAUUCAGCUUCUACGUCGCGCUGCGGAAGUAACUGACAAUUGUCAUUUGGCCGUCAUGUCUGCGUUGCCAAUAGAGAAUAACGAGGGUCAUAUGCACGCGGAGUUUACGUACCAUGCCUUACGUCAAGGCUCAAAGAACCAGGGCUACGAUCCAAUUUGCUGCUCUGGUACAAGUUGCAGCACCUUACACUAUGUGAAAAAUGAUGAGUCCAUGGAAAACAAACAUUCCGUUCUCAUCGACGCUGGCGCCGAGUGGGAAAACUACACUGCUGAUGUGACCCGCUGUUUUCCUAUCAACGGCACGUUUACAAAGGAGCAUCGUGAAAUUUACGAAGCUGUGUUAGACAUGCAAUCUCAGGUUAUGGACAAAAUUAAACCAGGCGUCUCGUGGGAAAGCUUACAUUUACUAGCGCAUCGCAUUUUGAUCGAGCACUUUUUGAAGCUCGGUAUUUUCAAAAAGUCUUUCUCUCAGGAGGAGAUAAUGAACAGAAAGGCAUCUUUGUGCUUUUUCCCUCAUGGUUUGGGCCACUUGCUAGGAAUGGAUACACAUGAUGUUGGAGGCUAUGCCAAUUACAACGACUCCGAUCCAUUGCUUCAGUACUUGAGGCUGCGCCGGCAGCUUCAAGAGGGCAUGGUUGUCACUGAUGAACCUGGGAUCUAUUUUAAUACCUUUCUGAUCAAGGAAUACCUUGAAAAGCACCCAGAGAGAGCGGAGGUGGUAAACAAAGAGGUGAUGAAAAAGUACAUGUAUGUGGGCGGUGUCCGCAUUGAGGACAACAUUCUUGUCACGAGGAAUGGUUAUGAAAACCUGACAGGUAUAACUAGCGAUCCCGAUGAAAUUGAAAACAUAGUCAAAGCCGGUUUAGCUAAGGGAAGGUCUCAUUUUCACGUAGUGUCGUAA